AAUGUUUUAUUGAAAGACUGUUUGAUCAACAAGGCUUCACAUUCAGAAACACAUGCUAGCCAGUUUGUUGUGCACUCAAUUUAAUAAUGUGUCCAUGUGGCAACCACAAACUGUGCCACUUGUAUGGUAAGUCUGCUGCUAUUGAUAACCAAAGUAUACUGAUAUCCAAAAUAAACUUUACAUACAUAAAAUUUAAAUAAUUUUAUAAAUAUUGUUACUAAUCGAAACUAACCAAUUUAGAAAACACCUUACAAACACUUUGCGUGUAUCAAGAAGUGCAUUGUGACGUUUGGAUGUUGAACUUUAUGAUACUUUCAUAUCUCACCAUACCGUUUAUUGGUUUUUCUGUAAUAUAAUUUCAAGCCCUGUAAAGUUUCUUUUGAACGUCAGUAUAGCUUUUUUUAAUACAUCCAGGCACCAUAUUGCCAGCCAAAACCAUGUACCUGGAAAACUGAUGUAAAUGGAGUUUGGUAAGCUACAUAUGGCAUGAGUAUGUUGUUGUUUUUUAUUAGAAACACUAUCUUAAAAAAGACAUACCUGCAGUUGUGUGUAUGUUCUGCAUUAACUGUUUAAUUUACAGUGUGACCGCGGCUAUGUCAAAUGGUUCGGGGAUCUGCGUCCGUAAGAAACGGUCAUUUAGCACACAGUCUGCCAAGUGUCUGCAGAUACAAAGCAAGGCCACUCCUGGAAGAUAUCUGAACACGAACCCUGUAGAGAGAGUGCUGCUACAGCUGGAUGGUUCGGGGCGGUGGAACUCGAGUUUCCAGGCUCUCAGACUAGAGAAAGAGUGGAAUGAUCUCUCUCAGUGCCGCACCAUGAAGAAAAACUCACAGACGAUGUUCCACCGAGUGGACAAGAAGUAUGUGAUGAGUGGGGCGCAGAUACCACUCAGACCACGCUACGAAGUCGACGACGAGGAACUCCGCACUCUCAAGGAAUUCUCCCGCGCUCGGAAAACAUCACAAAGAGAGCUGAGGAAGAAAAGUUCUUGUAGACACUACAAACAGGAUGAUGCCAAAAGGGAUGAUGAUCACAAAUCAGAUGAGACUCCACAACCAGUAGUAGCAGGUUCUUCUGGACACUGGGCAUCAGAGCGUACGAAAACCCCAAUCGAGAAGACGGAGGAGGAAACAAAGGACACAGAUUCCAGUUCCUCCUUCGAUGAAAGCAUGAAGGGCAAAGAUGGCGAAGGAAAGACCGAUGAAACUGUGGACAGAGGAAAAGAUGACGUUGAAAACAAAGUGACAAAUGAGGAAAGCUAUAAUGGAGAAAUUAAUGACAGUGCCAUUGUGAACAAUUCUGAUGCCAAACGGGAAAGGAACCAUGUUGUUGAGGAUGAGGAAGAAGAUUGUACAAAACAUGAUGAUGAUGAGGGUCAGGAAGAUCAUAUAAAACAUGAUGAUGAUGAGGGUCAGGAAGAAGAUCGUACAAAACAUGAUAAUGAUGAUGGUCAGGGUAGGAAUGAAAAUGCAGAUACUAAUAGCAGGAAAAGUUCCCACAGUUCAACUUCUGGUGAAGUAACUGUUGAACAAAAGGAUCACCAUGAACACGUUUUCAGUUCUGAAACGUAAGGGAAGACUUUGAAAGAAAAUGUGGAAACUAGCAUCAGAAAGAGCUUACAAAGUAAAUGUAAAUGUUAUAAACAAAUGGAUUUUUAUCAGCAGACUACUUAAGUCAUUUCUAUCAUCAUAACUUAGUACGGUGGUGAUAUAAUUAUGUUGUACUAUACCAGCGCUGUAGUUAGCGGGGGUGGGGUGGGGCAAGGGGGACAGUUGCCCCCACCCCAAAAAUAAUUUAUAGAAACUUAAAGAAAAUUCUUUUCUUAACCGUUUAAGGAGUUUUAGACUAUUAACUACUCAGUUGCCCCCCCCCCCCCCCCUACAAUACUGUUAUACAGAAAGAAUAUACAAAUGGACAUCAAAUACUAUUUAUCUCAAGACUAAAGCGCAAAGGCAAGUUUGAUGUGUUUUUAAGCAAAUGGUAAGUUAAAUGGUAUUUACACACUGUCAUGUAGUAUUCUAUUUUUUUCUUUUAAAAAAAACAGAAGAGUCGAACAUGUUUACCAACUACUGUGGAACUUGUCAGUAGCAACAAAUAUCUGCAGUGUUACUGUCAGUGGAUCGAUUGGAUUUGAUAUGCAGGUCACCACCAUGGAGUAAUAAAUUGGAUGUUUUUAAAUCUUACAUGGACGUCUGCCAUAGCUCAUCCCUUCGGGAUUUUAGUUUGAAAUAAACCAAUUUUAAUCCUUCGUCCACAACUGAUUUGGACACUAUAUUUUAUAAGUAACUGAAGUAGCCUAUUAAAAUUUUAAUGGCCAACAUUUUCAUUAAUUAUAAUUAUUCAUGACAAAAGGUCACCUGAACAUGACCUGCAAAUGGGUACUAUUAAAAUGUAAUGUAGCUUCUCUCUAGAUCAUCCCUGUAAAUUAUUUAUGCACUAUUGGUAACCUACAACUAUAAUUAACAGCUUGCUAACUAUAGUGAAGGAAUGUCCAUCAAGAAAACCCCCAGAAAGAAAGGAAAUGUUUAUUUAAUACAUUUUAUUUAGUUAUAUGACGUCAGACAUAUAGUUAAGGACCACACACAGAUAUUGAGAGAGGAAACACAAGUCACCACUUC